ACGCUCUCCCGGCGGGCUCGACCCAAGAUGGCGGAGCAGGCGGUGAAGGUGGAGGCCGGAGGCGGCGGGGAGGGAGUGGUCGACAGGCAGCACCUAGUAAACGGCGGCCCGGAGGAUAAGGAGGAGGAGGUGGCUGAGGAGAACGCCAAGAAGAAAAGGAAGAAGAAGAGAAAGGGGAAGAGUGGGCCGCAAAAUGAAUGUGAAAAAGAAUCUGCAGGAGUUGAUGAUGUAGCAAAACAGCUGGAAAAGCAGGUCCUUGAGGACAAGGAGAAAGAGGAAGAUGGGGAAGAAGAAGGAGAUGGUGAAGGAGAAAGUUCCGCAGCCAAAAAAAAGAAGAAAAAGAAAAAGAAGAAAGGACCAAAAGUUCAGACAGAUCCUCCUUCCAUUCCGAUUUGUGAGCUGUUCCCUUCUGGCAUAUUUCUUAAAGGGCAAGAAUGUGAAUAUCCACCUUUACAGGAUGGACGUACAUCUGCUUGGCGCAUGACUAGCGAAGAGAAGAAAGUGUUAAACCAAGCCAGUGAGGAGAUCUGGAGCGAUUUCAGACAAGCAGCUGAAGCACACAGACAAGUGCGCAAGUAUGUGAGAAGCUGGCUCAAGCCAGGCAUGACCAUGAUUGAGAUCUGUGAAAAGCUGGAAGACUGUUCCCGUAAGUUGAUCAAGGAGAACGGAUUGAGUGCGGGCCUGGCAUUUCCGACGGGUUGUUCCCUCAACAACUGUGCAGCUCACUACACACCGAAUGCAGGAGACCCAACAGUGCUCCAGUACGAUGAUGUUUGCAAAAUUGACUUUGGAACCCACAUCAAUGGCCAUAUUAUUGAUUGUGCUUUCACGGUCGCAUUUAACCCCAAAUAUGACAGGCUUAUUGAAGCUGUUAAAGAUGCUACUAAUACUGGUAUCAAGAAUGCAGGAAUUGAUGUUCGCCUUUGUGACAUUGGUGAAUCCAUCCAGGAAGUCAUGGAGUCCUAUGAAGUUGAAAUUGAUGGCAAAACAUACCAAGUAAAACCAAUCCGCAACUUAAAUGGACACUCCAUUGGGCAGUACAGGAUACACGCAGGGAAAACAGUUCCAAUUGUUAAAGGUGGAGAAGCAACCAGGAUGGAGGAAGGCGAGGUGUAUGCAAUAGAGACUUUUGGCAGCACAGGGAAAGGAGUUGUUCAUGAUGACAUGGACUGUUCACACUAUAUGAAGAAUUUUGACGUUGGCCAUGUACCAAUAAGGCUUCCACGAGCAAAACAUCUCCUAAAUGUUAUCAAUGAGAACUUUGGGACCCUUGCUUUCUGCCGCCGAUGGCUAGAUCGUUUGGGUGAGAGCAAAUACCUCAUGGCCUUGAAGAAUCUGUGUGAUCUGGGUAUAGUGGACCCAUACCCUCCGCUGUGUGAUAUCAAAGGCUCGUAUACGGCACAGUUCGAGCACACCAUCCUGCUUCGCCCAACGUGUAAAGAAGUUGUGAGCCGUGGGGACGAUUACUGAGCGCAUCCAUCGUUUGACUUUGCUGUGAUGAGAGAGGCUGUGAAUGGUUCCACCUGCAUCGUUCUACCAGUUUGUUUUAGUAUGGACCGGGUUUAUGUUUGCCAUGUUUGAGGGUGACAAUAGGGAGGAGAGAUUGUAUUUCCACCUACCACAAAAAUUUUUAAUAAAAGGUUUCUGAUGUC